ACGAGAACAAUUCUCAUAAAUUCAUUAUCACGUAGAUCCAAAACAACCCUCUCUGGAUCUCCCCACUCCCCGACUCCACACGCCAAGCUCUGAAAACCCCUUUUCUCUCUCUCAAAACCCCAAUUCUCUUCACAAAUUUCGUUUCAAUUCUCCACAGAUCCAUCUCCUUCAAUUCAAAUUCCUCCAGAAACCCUAGACUUUGUGAGGAAUUGAGGAGGCGCCAAGCUGGAGCAGUUGAAGACGAUUGGCAGGGAGCUCGCAAUGGGCUCCCAGGGUGGCUUCGGCAAUUCCAAGGAGUUUUUGGAUCUCGUCAAGUCCAUCGGCGAGGCUCGAUCCAAGGCGGAAGAGGACCGCAUCGUCCUCCACGAGAUCGAAACCCUCAAGCGUCGAAUCGUGGAGCCGGACAUCCCGAAGCGCAAGAUGAAGGAGUUCAUCAUCCGCCUGGUGUACGUGGAGAUGCUGGGUCACGAUGCCUCCUUCGGCUACAUUCAUGCGGUCAAGAUGACCCACGACGACUCCCUUCUCCUCAAGCGGACGGGGUACUUGGCGGUGACUCUAUUUUUGAAUGAGGAUCAUGAUUUGAUUAUACUCAUUGUCAAUACCAUUCAGAAGGAUCUCAAAUCGGACAAUUAUUUAGUGGUUUGCGCCGCGCUGAAUGCGGUUUGCAAGUUGAUCAAUGAGGAGACUAUUCCCGCGGUGCUUCCGCAGGUGGUGGAGCUACUUGGGCACUCGAAGGAGGCGGUUCGGAAGAAGGCCAUCAUGGCCCUACAUCGGUUUUAUCAGCGCUCACCAUCCUCGGUCACGCAUCUCGUCUCCAAUUUCAGAAAGAAGCUUUGUGAUAAUGAUCCUGGAGUCAUGGGUGCAACACUUUGCCCUCUUUUUGACCUUAUUGCAGUAGAUGCCAAUUCUUACAAGGAUUUGGUUAUCAGCUUUGUGAGCAUUCUUAAACAAGUAGCUGAGCGUAGAUUACCGAAGACUUAUGACUAUCAUCAGAUGCCAGCUCCAUUCAUUCAGAUCAGGUUGUUGAAAAUUCUGGCAUUGCUGGGCAGUGGUGAUAGACAAGCAAGUGAAAACAUGUAUACUGUUGUGGGUGACAUAUUCAGGAAGUGUGAUUCGACGAGUAACAUAGGAAAUGCUGUUCUUUAUGAGUGCAUAUGCUGUGUUUCUUCUAUAUAUCCAAACCCUAAAUUAUUAGAAGCUGCUGCUGAUGUAAUUUCCAGAUUUUUGAAGAGUGAUAGUCAUAAUCUAAAGUAUAUGGGCAUUGAUGCCCUUAGUAGACUGAUAAAGAUAAGUCCAGAAAUUGCUGAACAACACCAAUUGGCUGUCAUUGAUUGCUUAGAGGACCCAGAUGAUACCCUAAAGCGAAAAACCUUUGAGCUACUGUAUAGAAUGACCAAGUCUUCAAAUGUGGAAGUGAUUGUUGAUCGUAUGAUUGAUUACAUGAUAAGCAUUAAUGAUAAUCAUUACAAAACUGAAAUAGCAUCUCGAUGUGUUGAACUGGCAGAGCAAUUUGCACCAAGCAACCAUUGGUUUAUCCAGACCAUGAAUAAAGUCUUUGAGCAUGCUGGAGAUCUGGUCAAUAUUAAGGUGGCUGAUAAUUUGAUGCGGUUGAUUGCGGAGGGGUUUGGAGAGGACGAUGAUACUGCAGAUUGUCAGCUUAGAUCAUCUGCUGUGGAAUCGUAUUUACGUAUCAUUGGAGAGCCAAAGCUUCCGUCUGCAUUUCUUCAGGUUAUUUGUUGGGUUUUGGGUGAGUAUGGAACUGCGGGUGGAAAGUAUUCUGCUUCCUAUAUCACUGGAAAGUUAUGUGAUGUGGCAGAGGCCCAUUCAAGCAAUGACACUGUUAAGGCAUAUGCUGUUACAGCGCUGAUGAAAGUAUAUGCAUUUGAAAUAGCAGCAGGAAGAAAAGUGGAUAUGCUACCAGAGUGUCAAUCCUUGAUUGAAGAACUAUCAGCAUCCCACUCAACAGAUUUACAACAGCGUGCCUAUGAAUUGCAAGCAGUUGUCACCCUAGAUGCUCAUGCUGUUGAGAUUAUAAUGCCAUCAGAUGCUAGUUGUGAAGACAUUGAGGUUGAUAAAAACCUUUCAUUCCUUGACAGUUAUGUUGAACGGUCAUUAGAACAAGGGGCUCAGCCCUAUAUUCCUGAGAAUGAGCGUUCUGGAAUGAUAAAUAUUAGUAACUUCAGAAGCCAAGAUCAGCAUGACACUUCUACACAUGCCCUUAGGUUUGAGGCCUAUGAGCUUCCAAAGACUUCAGCACCACCAAGGAUAUCUCCUGUUUCACUUGCACCCUCAACUGAACUUGUUCCAGUACCUGAGCCAUCUUAUCCUGUAGAAAUGCACCAUGUUGCUUCUGUGCCAUCUGUAUCAGAUACAGGGUCAACGGAACUCAGGCUGCGACUUGAUGGAGUUCAAAAGAAGUGGGGCAGGCCAACUUACUCUUCUCCUGCAUCGUCUUCCUCGGAUUCUACUUCCCAUAAGGCAGUAAAUGGGGUCACACAAUCUGAUGUGAGUAGCACUAGCACCUCAAGAACACGUGAUAGCUCUUAUGAUUCUAGGAGUGCACAAGCUGAAAUUUCUUCAGAGAAGAAGAAGCUUGCUGCCUCACUAUUUGGGGGUCCUUCAAAAACAGAGAAAAGACCGUCUUCUACUAGCCACAAGGUUGCAAGGUCCACUAGUCCUGCUGUGGAGAAGUCCCAGGGGCCAAAGGCAGUGGCUUCAUCUACUACUGGAGUUGUAUCAGAGAAGGCAGCUCCACUUCAACCACCUCCCGACUUGCUUGAUCUGGGUGAACCAACUGUUACUAGUAGUGCUCCAUCUGUGGAUCCAUUUAAGCAAUUGGAAGGGCUUCUUGGCCCAACUCAAGCUACUUCAGCUGCAAAUCAUGGUGCUGUUGAUAAUACCAAAGCAGCUGAUAUCAUGUCCGUGUAUUCAGAGUUCCCUACAAGUGGGCAGAGCAGUGUUAACGCAAAUCCUCUUCCAACUAAUGCAGGUGAUGCUAAUCUUAUACCUGGUUUGUCAACCACGAACAAAACUGGACAUGCCAAGGGCCCAAACCCUAGAGAUGCCUUAGAAAAAGAUGCACUGGUGAGGCAAAUGGGCGUGACCCCAAUGAGCCAGAAUCCCAACUUGUUCAAGGAUUUGCUUGGCUAAAAGUCAUGGAGUUCCACAGACCCUAAAUAUGUGAACAAGCAUUCUUCAAAGGAUGAUUGCCAUGCAAUUUGGAAAUGGUUUUUGUUUGUGCUGUUUGAUGGGCAAUCAUCCCAAGCAAGGAGCAAUGCAUAGAUCUCCUCUCAGGUUUGUACUUGCUGCAGCACAAACUUAGUUUUUCUAUUAGGGAUGGUAAAAAUAUAUGGAGUUUGUGUUUAAUGGGGAUUGAAUCAGUACAGAGGCCAUAGGGCUUUUAGUUUUAAUGAAUUUGGGUUAUUUUCUUCUAAAGGGAGAGCAGGCGCUCCAGAGAGAAGGGGGCGAGGGGUUCUUCUAGUUAUAGGCAUCAUAUGGUAGUAAUUUUGAGUCAUUAUUUUGUUGUUAUAAUAAGGGUGUAAUGGUGACUCCAUUUUUAUUUCUUGGUUUUGGGUUUUCAUUUAAUUUAUGGUUUCUCUUCCCCCUUGUAAACUACUUGCCGGUCCCGAUUGCAGAGCACAUUGUACUUAUUUCGGCCUAUGAGAAGCCCCCCACCCCUUGGCUUGAAUUUUUAGUUA